UAGUCGCAUUUCAAGUUAAACGUAGUAUUUUGCUAAGUACUGCAACGCGACGGUUUUCUUUCUUGGUGCCCUGAAAUUUUUACGUUCUUACUUCAACUUCUUUAAUAUUAGUCGGCCUUUGGAUCCGUUGCAAGCGAGUGGACGAAUCGUUUUUCGUCACUGUUAACCUGCCAUGGUUAUCAACAACUGAAAUUUAUUUGUCAACAAUCUACUAAACCGGCAAUGGUCAUGGUCUUCAUAUGCCCAUCAUUUUAUGUCCCAAGUUAAUUUGUUGAAAAUAAAUCAACAUUUGAUUAAACUAAAGUUGGCAAUUGUUUUACUGCUUUGCAGAAACAGUCAUUCAUAAUGGCCAUGAUACCAAGUGAGCUGAUAAAUGGCGUUUUAGUGUGUGCUUGCUUAUUUCUGGUGGGAUUUUAUGUGUAUGUGACAAGAUAUUUCAAGUAUUGGAAGAAACAGGGUGUCAAACAUUCCAAACCAUCGUUUCCUUUCGGAAAUUUCGGAAAGUGUAUAUUUUUACAACAAUCUAUUCAUGAAUUUAUCGAUGACAUGUAUCGCGACGGCAAAGGAGAAAAAAUGGUCGGAUUUUACGUUCUCGACCGCCCAUACGUUCUAUUACGCGAUCCAGAGUUGCUUAGGAGUGUGUUUAUAAGGGACUUUAAUAUAUUCUCGAACAAGGUAUUGUGUAACAACAAAAGUGACCCAUUUGGCACACACAUGCUCUUUUUGGAGACGAACCCUCCGUGGAAGCAUAUUCGGCAAAAGCUCUCACCUAUGUUUACCUCAGGUAAACUCAAGAAGAAUUUUGACCUUAUGAUGGAGAUUUACAAGGAUCUAGAUUUCCAUCUAAACAGCUUAGGAGUAAACGAUGAAAAUGUGAGGCCGAUAGAGGUCAGAGAACUGUCUGCAAAGCUAAUGACUGACGUGAUAGGCAUUACAGCUUACAACAUACGAUUUGAUUCAUUGAGAGACCCUGACGCUCCUUUUCGAAAAAUUGGAAAAUCACUAUUCCGAAGUCAAUUGAUUCGUUAUCUGCAAUGUUCAUCGAUUUUUUUCAUUCCAGCUUUCCGUGCAAUAUCAAAUGCUAAAUUUUUUGAUGCAGAAACAGAAUUUUUCGAAAACAUGUUCUCACGCAUAGUAGACGAGAGAAUUAUGUCUGGGAAUAAAAAAAAUGAUUUUGUCGAUUUGGUCAUCAACAUGAUAGGAAGCGAGGAGAUUGGAAAUACCGAUGAGAUAAAAGUAGGACACCGUUCAUGGAUGUCCCAGUUGGCAGGAAUUUUCUCAGCUGGUUUUGAAACAUCUUCGACGACUACAACUUUUUCUUUGUAUCAAAUAGCCGUAAAUCCAGAAGUUCAAAAAAGAUUGAGAGAUGAACUUGCAAAUUCUGUAGAAAAGACAAAUGGAAAGUUGACGUACGAUGUGGUGACCGAUGCACCCUACCUCAAUAUGAUUGUGCGAGAAGCUUUGAGGAUGUUUCCUAUUCUUACAUGGCUCGAUCGAGUGCCAGAUGUUGACUACACAUUUCCUGGAACAAACGUCACUAUAAAAAAAGGAACUCCUGUUAUUUUUCCUCUUCGUUCGAUGCAAAUGGAUCCUAAAUAUUACAAGGAUCCAGAGAAAUUUGACCCCGAAAGAUUUUCAGAUGAAAACAAGAGUGAAGUCAUUCCCUUCACAUAUGCUCCAUUUGGUGAAGGACCAAGAAAUUGCAUAGGUGGUAGACUAGGACUGUUACAAGUUAAGCUUGCGACAGCUUAUUUAGUGAUGAACUACGAAAUAACACCUUGUGAAAAAACACCAAUUCCUUUGAAAUGUGAUAGGAUCAAUGCUCUGAACCAUCCUGCUGGAGAUAUUUGCUUGAAUUUUAGAAAAGUUCUGACGUCUAUGUAACAUAUAAUUAGUAGUUGAAAAUGUUAUAAUUUAUUUCUGUAAAUAAUGAGCAUAUCUUAUGAAUCAUUAAUUAUUAUUAUUAAUGGAAUUUUCUCAUUAAAUUUAUAUUUAUUUUGAUAUAAAAAGCCUAUUGUAUCACAAUUGUAUUGUAAUGUAAGUUAUGUAUUCUUCUGAGAAUUUAAUUAUUCAGUAGAAAAUCUAAAUAUUUA